AGGUGGUGGAGAAUGGUGUGGCGAGUGCAGGGCAGUGAGGGAUAGGGAGAAACCCAAAGAUCAGUGCAGAGACGCUCCUUCUCCGCGGUGCCCUGUUGCCCCACCCUCAAGGCCCAGCUUCCCCAGCGCCGCAACUACCCACGCCGCCGCCAGAGUCAACCUUUUUCCCAGCUGUCGACAGCCGGCUAGCGUCCGGAACCACAGAGCGGUGGUCAGGUCAGGAGAGAGUGGCUCUUCCGUUUGCGCAAAGAAACCUCCAACUCUCAGUGGUUUUGCACAUCUGUAAGUAGACCUUUGUGGAGCUCUGCCAGCCAACCCCAUGGCGUCCUCUACUACUGUGCCUCUAGGAUUUCACUAUGAAACAAAGUAUGUCGUUCUCAGCUACUUGGGACUCCUCUCUCAGGAGAAGCUGCAGGAACAUCUUUCCCUACCCCAAGGGGUUCAGCAAGAUAUAGCCUCACAACCUCUGGAUCCAGAAGUUUUAUUAAAAGUUAAAACUGAAAUUGAAGAAGAGCUAAAAUCCCUGGACAAAGAAAUUUCCGAAGCCUUCACCAGCACAGGCUUCGACCGCCACACUUCUCCUGUGUUCAGCCCUGCCAACCCUGAAAGCUCCGUAGAAGACUGCUUGGCUCAUCUUGGGGAGAAAGCAUCACAGGAACUGAAAGUGCCUCUGCUCGGAGCCUUGCAGAUGCUCCUCAGCCGGCCAGUGACAUAUCAGGCAUACCGGGAAUGUACACUGGAGACCACAGUUCAUGCGAGCGGCUGGAAUAAGAUUUUGGUGCCUCUGAUUUUGCUACGACAAAUGCUCUUGGAGUUAACAAGACGUGGUCAAGAACCUUUGGGUGCUUUGCUGCAGUUUGGUGUGACAUACCUGGAGGACCACGCCGCCGAGUACAUCAUUCAACAAGGUGGCUGGGGCACUGUCUUUAACCUGGAGUUGGAGGAUGAGGAGUGCCCUGCGGGCACCGCGGAGGACAGCAACGACAUCUACAUCCUGCCCAGCGACAGCUCUGCACACGUCAGUCCCCCAGAAUCGCCAACAGCGGCCGCUUCCUGGCAGGCAGAGAGCUUACCCGUCUCGCUGUCGGCCAGCCAGAGCUGGCACACAGAGAGCAUGCCGGUGUCCCUGGGUCCUGAGUCUUGGCAGCAGGUCACGGUGGACCCUGAAGAAGUGAAAAGCUUGGACAGCAACGGGGCCGGAGAGAAGAGUGAGAACAACUCCUCAAACUCUGACAUCGUACACGUGGAGAAGGAGGAGAUACCUGAGGGCGUGGAAGAGGCGGCCAUGGCGGCCAGGGCCCUGCCAGCUGGGGAGCUGCCAGAGGUGGCCCCCGGAGCCGGAGAGCCCUCGCUUCCACGCAUUACUGCCCCUUCCUUGACGGAGGCCAUGGGACCUGACGUAGAGGUGACAGCUAUUGAGAGAGUCAGCCCCACGACGUCUCUGUUUGUGGAACUUGGUGAAGAAGAGGCAGAAGCUGAACCUGCUGACCUGGAGCAGGUGGGGGGCCCUGUACUGGAGCCCCCAGCACCCCUGACGAGCCAAGAAGGGGUGGAUGGCAGGGGGCGGGGGCUCAGGGCUGGGCCCCAUGUGGCCAGCGACCAGAAGGCUGGCCUGCCGUAUGAGGGCAAGUCCAUCCUGCUCUUUGGAGGGGCAGCCGCUGUUGCCAUCCUGGCAGUGGCAGUUGGGGUGGCACUGGCUCUGAGAAGGAAAUAGAUUUUUCAGAGAAAGAUGACUAAAUGGGGUCAGGUUUUAGUUGUGUUGACCGAAUUUGAACUGCUAGCAACUGGUUGGACAUUUUGGACACUCUGGGAUAACUGGGGACUUCAGUCAGCAGGGCAGUAGGUUGACCCACAUGUUAGGGUUCAAGGCAGAGGGUGCUUGCUGGUCUGAUUGCAAGUUCCCUGGGCCUAGGCUCCUGCUAGAUUCAGGGUCCUCUGUAAUGUGCUCCCUCGACCUCGCCUCCGACCCUCGUUGGUUCCUUGUGGUGGGGGUCCCUGUGCAUUGUAGGUUGCAUCCUGGCCUCCACCAACCAAACUCCAGUAGCACACACACACCCCUGCCCCCAUUGUGACAACCAAAAGUGUCUCCUGACAUUGCCAAAUGUCCCCUGGGGUGAUGUCGCUCCCAUCAAGAGCCACAGCCUUAGAGGGAGAGGGUUGAUGCAAGAGGAUCAGGGGAGAAGUCCAGGCAAGAGGGCUUGGCUGCAGGCUCCUCGGCUGCUGACCUCUUCCUGCCCUUGGAGUUUCCUCUCUGCUAACAAGCGCUGUGCUUCACGGCUGUGGCUGUUCCUCCUCGGCUCCUCUGUUCUCCCUCCCUUGGUCCCGCAGCUCGAGGUACCCUCAGCUGCCUCUCAGGUACUGCCCUUGCCCUCCUUGCCCCUGGGGGCCUUCUGAGACCCCACAGAGGGACUUGCCCGAACGUCAGGUCCUCGAUGCUCCCCGCAGCUCCCCUUGUAACGAUGCUGCCUUUAGUCAUCUUUUAAAAAAUAAGGUGAAAGAGACCCAGGCCCUUGCCCAUGACUUUGGGGCAAGUUUGUCUCGCUCAGAAGCUGGAGGAUGGCUUAGCUGACCUAUUGAGGUUUCUUCUGGCCCUUUUAUCUGUAGCCACCCUUGAGCUGACAGUGACUUGCCCAGUGGCCCUGUCUCUGUUGCUGGGUUGUCGCUAUAACCUGACUGGUAUGUCUUCCCAGAAUCUGGCCUCAGUGUCCAUACUGGUCCAGCAGCUCCUCUGCAGUCUCUUGCCAUGUGCUAGGGAUUUCCAUCACUGGGCUUAUAGGCCAGUGGAAUCAUAACUCAAUUUAAAUACGCAAGGUCUCCUAAAUAUCACUGAAGAAAAGCAGGGAAAGAGAAUUUGCCUUUGAGAUUCUAGUUUGGCUUUCAGAGUUCAAGAAUGGGGGCCUUUACUGAACUCACAGUCUGAAUGCCAGAGUGACAGGCAUAAUGACCGCAGUCAGUAUGUGCCAGGGAGGGUCACCGUGGCCUUCUGGCUGGCCGCAUCCUUGCCAGGGCUGUGUCCCCAUGUCUGAGGGGCAGUGUGCUUGCGACAGGUCAUCUCAGAUUUAUCUAAUAGUAAAUGUAACAAAUUACUUUUUAGAUCCUGAAAUUUGUAAUAAAAUUACUUUACCUAUCCUGAUCACCAACA